AUGGCUACCCCUAGUGUCCUCACUUUUGACGCUGAGGGUCGGGCCAUUGACUUUGACGUCAGGGUAGAUGACCUGCAGCUUUUCCUACAGUGCGAUAGGGCAGACGGUCUCUCCCUCUUUCACCUCACCUCUGGUGCCUCUCUUGCCCCAUCUGCUGCCGCGGCCGACCUCGUUGGGCUUGAGUCGGUCGGUGCGGCGUCUACCCCUAGCGGGAGACGCCGCCCUGGCAAGGUCAAGGGGGGCGAGGGCGCUGGAGGAGCUAGCGGGGGCGGUGGAGGCGGCGGUGGAGGCGGUGGAGGGGGUGGGGGUGGCGGUGGGGGUGGUGGCGGGGGUGGAGGUGUCAGUGGCGGUAGUGGAGGCAGAGGCGGCGGCGGCGGUGGCAGUGGGAGCGGAGGUGGCGGAGGUGGCGGCGAUGGAGGAGGCGGUGGUGGAGGAGGUGGAGCUGGUCGGGGUGGCGCUGCGCAGAGGGUCGGCUCUGGUGGUGGUCAGCGCCAGCAGCAGCAGCAACAGCAGCGCACUCGUGACAUCCCCCCCCCUCAGCAGCUCCGUCAGUUGUACGCUGCACGCCAACAGGGUGGGGGUACUGGUCCGUGCACCUACGUCCUUCGCACCGGCGACUGCGCGGCUGUCUUUGACCUUGACUUUGAUGCUAUUCUUGCUGCCAUGUAUGCUGUGACUAUUAGUGAUGAGGGUGACUGUUACCGGUGUUUUCCGCCCGACCCGGGCAUUGAGACUGUUGCUCUAGGUACAGGUGAGGUUGCUGCUCUAGGUGCUAGCGAGGCUGCUGCUCUAGGUGCUCGUGCGUCUGCUCCCUCAGGUGCUGGUGAGUCUGCUCUCUCAGGUACUACGUCGGCUUCGGCCUCCCACACCUUCACCCUUGACUCGGGGGCUUCUCGCUCCUUCUUUCCAGACCGCACCACACUCACGCCGCUUGGCCGGCCAGUUGCAGUCUCUCUGGCAGACCCCUCUGGGGGUCCUGUCCUUGCUCACUACUCCAUUGUCCUCCCGUGUCCGGCGGCCCCCUCUUGCACCCUGUCUGGUGUUUACCUCCCCUCAUUCUCGACAAACUUGGUGAGUGGUGCUGACCUACAGGAUGCAGGGGUUCACCAGUUCACUCCUGCGAGUCAGCGGGUGACCCACUGCACGGACGCUCGGACAGGCCGACACCUGGCCACGUUUACACGUCGGCCGGGGUCGAGCCUGUACACACUGACCACUGAGUCUCCUCCAGUCACUGCGUCUGGUCAGGUAGCUGCGUCGCGUCAGGUAUUUGCUGCAGCGUCCAGGUCUGGUCCUGAGUCUGCCCCCUGCUCGUGUCGCCUCCUGUCUCCCCAGACUCUCCUCUGGCACCACCGCCCUGGUCACCCCUCUCUGCUUCGUCUCCGAGGCAUGGCCUCCCGUCUCCUUGUCUCUGGUCUUCCCCGGUCCCUCCCUCCCCUUCCUCCGGGGCCUAGCCCUACCUGCGUCCCCUAUGUCGAGGGGCGGCAGCGGGCUGCCCCUCACUCCUCCUAG